AUGGCCGCCCUCGCCGCCGCCGCGCCGCCGCUCUCCAAGAGCCAGCAGAAGAAGGAGAAGGAGCGGCGGCAGAAGAUGCGCAAGAUGGCGGACAUGGCGGACACGAUGUACAAGGGCCGGAGAUGCUUCGUGAGCAAGAACGGCGCCGAGUCGCUCGCGACCGUCGUCAAGGUGCACCGCGACGACCCGGAGGAGAUGUACAUCACCGUCGCCGACGAGGCCGGCCGGGAGCGGCAGACGCUGCUCGCGCGCACGCGGCCGGCGACGGACGAGGAGGUCGAGGCCUACGACGACGCGGCCGAGGACCGCAGGGCCGCCGCGGACGCCGAGGCCGCGAAACGCGCAGAGGCCGAGCGGCGGAAGGCCGAGGACGCGCUC